AUGCUAGUGUCAACACGGGAUCUACAACGAGAGAGACGUGCUUCGCGCAUGGCUCUCGAAACUCUUGCUGCCAUUCGCGAAAACUUCGAUUACUUCAACGCGAAUAAUACUAGUUUAAAUAGUGUACCAUGCCGCGAACGACGUAGUUUUUGCCCCUCGACAAUUUCGACAGUGACACCACCUAACGUAUUGGGCAAAAUCGAACCACAAGCAGUGCAUACAGAUCUCGAGGAUUUGAGAAAACCUCUAUUUGGUAAGUUUCGCUGGAAAAUGACUUAUUAUUUCUACAUUCACUUGAUGGCUUACAUUUUCAAUGGUCUAUUCGGUGGUCUCAUCAUCUUCUUGAUCGAAAAUUAUUCAUCAUCACCUAAUCCAUACAUGGUUCUAACGUAUCUUGAUGCCUGGUUUACGUCUGUCUCAACCAUAUGUAGCUGUGGCUUGACUACCAUAGAUUUUGCGCAACUUUCUCAAGCGUCACAGCUUGUUAUGAUGGGAUUUGCAUUCAUAUCAGGCUUUGCGAUUAGUACACUACCAGCACUAGCUAUUAACGCUAGCAUUCACAAACCUACCCUUAGUACCGAUGUUGACGAUGAACGUGAAAAGUAUGAUGAAGCAGAAACUUCCGAUCUUCAAUAUGAUCCAAACCUACCACCACAUGUUCGUAUUGAACUGGCACGAUUACCAUCACCGGAAAAAUUACGUUAUCAAGCAUACAUUAUGUGCAUUGCUCUGAUAUUAACUCUCUAUUUCAUUAUUUAUACGACUGGUUUCCUAUCUAUGGGAAUAUGGCUUGAUACACAUAGCAGUCCGGAAUAUUUGCUACAAAAUAAUGUUACUCUCAGUCCAUGGUAUGUAUCAGGCAUGUUAACCCUUUUCAGUUUCAAUCAAAAUGGUUUGACACCUUUCUCAACAAGUCUAUAUCGUUAUGCUGACGAUGUUUUUCUCAAUAUAGUCAUCGUUUCGUUAGUCAUGAGUGGUUCAUCUUUCUUUCCAAUUAUUCUACGUAAUUUCCUUUUUCUAUUACGUCGCGUUGCUCCUUGGCAUCACAAAGUUAUAUUCGAAUAUAUACUUCUAAACAAUCAUCAUCUAUCAACUCUUUUGUAUCCUACAUUACAGACACAUAGCAAGGAUUUACAACAAUAUAGUCCCGGUAUACGCUUCAUUAUCUUUCUCUUUCAAACGAUAAAUCUUCGUUUCUGUGGUUUCCAAUCUUUCGAUAUAAGUUUGUUUACAACGGCAACAUUACUCGUCUAUUUAUUAUUGAUGGCUACUAAACCACAAAUGUUGUGUGCACUGGACGAAUCACCCUUUGAAAUUCAUUGGUUGGCAUCUGAAGCUCAAGCAGAAGUUGAUAGUGAAACAAAUGUGCCGACGUCUAUGUCAGGAUUGCUACAAAGUCCAAAGUCAACCAUAGCGAGAGGAAACACUGAUGUCUCGUUAUUCAAUCAUAUGCGACAAUUUUUACACCGACAAAGCACUGCUAUGAAACGACUCGCAAAGAAAGAGCUCUCACAAAAUUUAAACGAUGACAGAAGAAAUUCAACGCACUCAACACGUAUCAAAGCUUUGCGUUUACGUUUAUUUCUCAUUCAUUUUAUCCAAGCUUUAGUUAAACAUACAUUUAACUAUUUUGUAUUGACACGAACGUGGUUGUUUGUCUUUAUUUUUCUUAUUUGUGCUAUUGAAUAUCGUCGAAUGGCGCCAGUCGAUCCAGACAUAACACUUCUAAAAAUUGUCUUCGAAAUUAUCUCUGCAUUUGGUGGUGUUGGUAUGUCAUUGGGCUAUCCAAAUAAGACAACCAGUUUCGCAUCCGCUCUCUCCUCUGGAAGCAAAUUCUUACUGAUCUUAACUAUGCUCAUGGGUCGACAUCGUGGUUUAUUAGCAUCCAUGAAAGAUCAAGAGGUAAUUGAAUUUAGUGCCAGUAUGCUAUUGGCUCGUCAACGAAAAGAAUACAUACUUCGAUAUCAAAAAUCGAAAAAAACAGAAUAA